AUGGCAUCAAAAUUGAUUCGCACUGUCAAAGAAAGUGAUACAUCGGAUCUUGGAAAGAAGAUUGUCAAAUAUGCUUUGUUUAUUGGUAUUCCAGCAGUCGUUUGUUAUCUAAUCUAUAAACAACAACAAAAAUCCAAACAACAAGGUGAUGGUGAUAAAAAACGAUCAACAAUUACUUCCACCACAACUACAACAACGAUUAGAAACGAUGAAGGCGAUACAACAUUAGCAUCAAGUACAAAGCUUAAAGAUAUCAAAUUAGAAGAAGCCAUUCAGCUAAAAAAUGAAGGCAACACAAAAUAUCAUGAUAAGAAGUUUGCGGAAGCCAUUGAAUAUUAUACAAAAGCAAUUGAUACAUGUCCGAUUACCUAUGUUGAAAACUUAUCACAGUUUUAUCAGAAUCGAGCUGCUGCCUAUGAGUCGCUUAAAGAUAUGGAAAGAGUUAUUGAAGAUUGUUCUCGAGCGAUUGAAUUGAAUCCAAAAUAUGUUAAAUGUAUCCUAAGACGUGCUCGAGCCGCUGAAGCUGCAGGAAAUAAUGAAUUGGCAUUAGAAGAUUAUUCGACCGUUUGUUUUUUGGAUAGUUAUCAACAAGUUUACAUAAUGUCAGCCGAUAAAGUAUUAACAGAAUUAGCAAAAGAAUAUAUCAGAAAUCUACCACCUAAUACAGCUGAAUUAUCAAAAGAUUUUGUUCGUACAGCUUUAAAUGAGUUUGAAGAUGAUCCAGUGUUAAGUACAUCAUUCAUAAAUGAAAUGCUAAGAACACAUCCUGACAGUUAUUUGACCAAAGCAUAUAAAGCGCAUGAUGACGGAAAUUUCUUACAAAUACCAGAUUUAUGCACACGUGAAAUUGAGAGUGAAGAUUCUCAAUUUAAAAUUCACGCACAUUUAUUGCGAGGAUCAUUUUAUAUCCUGAUCGGUCAAUACAACGAAGCUGUAGCUGAUUUUGAUAUUGUUGUCAGUAAUCCAAGUUCAACUGAAGAAAUGAGAAUAAAUGCAAAGCUGAAACGUGCCAACGCUCGAAUACAUUUACAUGAUUUAGAAGGAGCAAUGAACGAAUAUAACAAAUGUAUCCAUACACAUCCAAAUUCUUGUGCGCCAAGAGUUCAUCGAGGAAUGCUGAAAACUUUAUUAGAGCAGUAUGAUGAUGCUCACGAAGAUUUUAUUAAAGCAGUUGAAAUAUCACCAACAAAUUUACGCGCACAAUAUCAGAAAUUGAUUAAUGAUACAAAAGUUGGCUCAAAAGAUAACGAUAAAUCUCGUGUAGAGCGAGCAUUAUCACAAUUUGAAGAAUACUUUGAUACAUGUAAAAAAGAUAUUUAUUAUUCAUUAGCAUUAACAUCAGCCUAUUUAGACAAUGACCGCACAGAUAAAGCAUUGCAGUAUUUAAAUAAGUUUAUUCAAGAAAUUCCAGAUAGUCCAACAUUAUUAGCGCUUAAAGCAAAUUGUUUAAUGGCAACUGAUCCAUCGAACGCUGAUGAAGCCGAAAAAUUGUAUAAACAAGCAUUAGACUAUGAUGUAUCAAAUGAAACUGUUUUAACCAUGUAUGCUAUAUUUAAAUGUAACAGAAAUCAAUUUGAUGAAGCGGCUGAAUUGUAUGAAAAAGCCAUUCAUUGUAGUCGUGGUGAAGAAAAACUAACCCAAUAUGCUGCAUUACUAUUUGCCAUUCGAGCGCAAGGAAGAGCAAUAAAAAGAUUAAACCUGAGUUUUCCAGGAAAUGCGGGUUUUCCUCCAGGAGGUCCUGCCAGUAGGACUGGAAUGCCUGCUUGGCUGGGCGGAAUGGGUUGA